AUGACUCCUCGAAUAUUGUUCAUUCAUAGUUUCCGAGGACAUCCAUCUGAUUUCGGGUUAGACGCGACAUUACGCGAGAUCUACGGACCGGACAAUGUGGCAUGUCCGGAGUUGGGUACGGCAGGUCUGUACCGCGCGGGGCGGAUUGCGCUUUGGGUGAUCUUGUUUCUGGCUGUGGCGGUGUCCGUGGUGUGCGUGAUAUGUCUAAGACUAACAUUGAUGUCAGCGAUAGCUGUGGUGGGCUCAUUCUGUUCGGGCAUACUCAUUGCUGCAUUAGUCGUGGAUGGACUGGCGGCUUGGGCUUUACAUAAAGCCAAAAAAAUCGCACGGGAGCACUACGACCGUCUGCAGCCAAACGUCAUUGUCGCGACUGGUGCAGGUGCGUUUGCUCUUCGGAAACUCCGACGACCGAAAACUGCCGUUCUACUCGUCCGUCCGGGUGUCAUACAAUUCGAACGCUACACUGGACGACAAGAUCGUGGAAGCAAUCAACUUGAACGAGUGAUUAUCGAAGAAAUCGGACGCUGGUCAAACUAUCCCUAUGUUCUCAUCGUCGAGGAAGAAGGCGCUAAACACCUUGGUGACCAAGCCAAACUUCAGCGACGUAUGGACCCCAGUCGCUCCAGACUUCUACUCUUCGAACCCAACACCAUCUCACAAGGCAUCUCUAGCACUGACCUCCAGGGACUUAUCCACGAAGUCUACGAACGGGGCAAAUGUGAAGCCGCAGAACUCGCCAUAAGUGCACCAGACGCCGCCAUCCCCGUCCAAAUGUUCUAG